ACAUCCGGAUAUCAGAUGUUAUAAAACUAAACCUGUUUUGAACUAUAAAGACAUGUGCAUCAUAUAUGGUUACACAAUUGCAGAUGGAAGAUACAGUCGUUCAAGUCACGAUGUAGAGUUUGAAGAUUAUGGGACCAAAAUAAGGGAAGGAUCAAGCAGCCAAACAGGAAGUUUUGUUCACCGAGGACAACUUGGACACCAACAAUGGAUCGAUUUUUCGUUGACCUCAUGUUAGAGCAGGUGCAUAAUGGAAGCAAGAUUGAGAAUUCAUUCACAAAACAAGCUUGGACAGAGAUGAUUAUGCAUUUUAAUGAAAAUUUUGAUUCGAAGUACAGCAAAAAUGUUCUGCGAAGCAGGUGUAAAAUUUUGAGGAAACAUUACAAUGAUAUGAAGGCUCUUCUCAGCCAGAGUGAAUUUGAGUUGGAUGAAACACGACAAAUGAUUGUAGCUGAUGAUUGUGUCUGGGAUGCUUAUAUCAAGGCACACCCUGAAGCACGAUCUUGUAGACUUACAUUUUUACCAGACUACAAUGAUCUAUGCAUGAUAUAUCAAAACGAAACUGGUGUUGGAGAGAUAGCUCAUUCAGUGUCUGAUGCAGACCUUGGCACUGGUUGCAGGACUACACAGCAUGGGGAAGGAAACAAUAGUCAAAUGGCUCAAACCACCACUAACUGUGAGCGGUCAAGGACGUAUUGGACACCACCAAUGGACCGCUAUUUCAUCGACCUUAUACUAGAGCAAGUGCAUAGAGGGAAUAGGAUCGAUAAUACGUUUAUCACACAAGCUUGGGAGGAUAUGACAACAUUGUUUAAUUUGAAUUUUGGUUCACAAUACAGCAAAGAUGUUAUGAAAAAUCGAUAUAAAAGUUUGAGGAAGCAAUAUACUGAUGUAAGUAUACUUCUAAAACAAAAUGAGUUCACUUGGGAUGAAACUCGGCAAAUGGUAACAGCUGAUGAUAGCAUAUGGGAUGCUUACAUCAAGGCACAUCCUGAUGCAAGAUCUUAUAGAAUUAGAAUUAUGCCGCAUUAUGAGGAUCUACACCUGAUUUUCGGGACUGUCACUGGUAAUGGAAGAAAUAUAAACUAUGAAAAUGAAACCGUGGAACUCAAUCCUGGAGAGGGAACGUCAAAACAAGAUCAAGUUAACACUGAUUGUUUGGGGACAUAUUGGACACCAGAGAUGGAUAGGUAUUUCAUUCCUGAAAGAGAAAAUAACUGCAAUGGCCAUGAUGGCUCAAGAUUAACGAACGUUGAAGCAAUUGAUAGCCAAGCCUCAAUAUCUGAUGGGCUAAGGACAUUCUGGACACCGUCAAUGGAUCAUUAUUUUAUGGACCUUAUGAUAGAGCAGGUGCGUAAAGGUUGUAAAGUUGAUUAUGCACUAAACAGACAAGGAUGGGCGGAUAUGAUCAGGCUGUUUAAAGAGAAGUUUGGAUCUCAACAUGGAAAAAAUGUUUUGAGAAAUCGAUACAAGAAUAUGAGGAAACAGUUUAAUGAUAUAAAGAAUCUUCUUUCCCAAAGUGGGUUCGUCUGGGAUCAAAGUAGACAGAUGGUGAUGGCUGAUGAUGAUGCUUGGGAUGCUUAUUUGAAGUCACACCCUCAAGCACGAUCUUAUAGAACUAAAUCAUUGCUGGACUACAAGAAGUUGUGUGAUAUAUGGGAAUGUAAGCCCCAAGAGGAAAGACACCCAGUCUGGUGCUCCCCACAAUAUAUCAUUUGGAGUUACCGCUGUAAAAUUUUCUGUGGUCGACCAAGAACUUACUGGACACCUCAAAUAGUUCGUGAUCUUAUGGACCUUCUGCUAGAUCAGGUGCAUAAAGGAAAUAGAAUAGAUAAUGCUUUCAAUAAAGAGGCAUGGACGCAGGUUGUAGCAUCUUUCGUUGAAAAACACGGCUCUCAAUAUAACAAGGAUGUGUUGGAAAAUGGAUACACAAAUUUGAGGAAGCAAUAUAUCUACAUAAAGAAUCUACUUAGCCAUACUGGUUUUGUCUGGGAUGAAGAGCAGCUGAUGGUGACUGCUAAUGAAAAUGUGUGGGAUUCUUAUAUCAAGGAACAACCUGAUGCACUCUCAUAUAGAAAUAAAAUCUUGGCCAAUUUUAAUGACUUGUGCAUAAUAUUUGAUGGAAAAAACAACGAUUUGUGUCACAAAAUAGAUUCUGAUGAUCACGUUCUGGGAACGAAAAGUAAUGGAGUUUUACAAUCUUCAGCUCCACCUUUUUGUCAAGGCAAACCUGUAAAGGAACCAAAAGCUCGUUCAGCUACAAAGAAGCACCCUUCUACGACACCAUUAUUUGACCAGGAUUCUAGAAAAUUGCAAAAAAUCGAGAGUGAAAAUUCUGGACAUGUUCUUAGUGUAGCGGAGCGCCUAGUUAUCUCUUUAAGAAAUCAGCAAAAAGAGAAUGCAGGCACAACUGAACAUGUCAUGAGUCAACUUCAAGCCUUACCAGACUUGGAUGAGGAUCUUAUGUUGGAUUCUUGUGAUCUUUUGGAGGAUGAAACCAAAGCAAAAAUAUUUCUAGCUUUGGAUGUGAAGUUAAGAAAGAAAUGGUUGAUAAGAAAGCUUCGUCCAUAGUUAACUCUCAUAAUUUUGAUAACCACAAGUCUCCUUGUACUUUUUCUUGGGAUAAGGUAGAGGUUUAGGUUUGAAGAAUUUAAGGAUUUAUUUUUGGAAUUUCAGUUCCAUUAACCCUAUAAUUAAGACCUAAACAUUGUGGAAAACAACCUUAUGCUGAAAUCAGGCCUUGAACCUAGUAUUAGCAUAAGCAACAAUACAAGAAACCAGCACCAUACGAUAGCACUACACUACAUAUCAUUCAUACUUAAAACAGAUUGAGUAUAAGGAAA